AUGCUGAAUGCGGACUUUUCCUCUGCCGUCGAAGUCUUGGCACCCCUUAUCAAGAGAAUCUGUACGAAAGAAAAACUUCCAGAUGACUGGAACAAAGAGAUGCUCAUAAACGUGCUUAAAAAAGGGGAUUUAGCCUUAGCCAAUGCAGUAAUUGGAGAGGUAUCACUUUGCUCUCGGAACCGUCGAAGGUUUUCUGCAAGAUUAUCCUGCACAAGCUAUCGGGGGCCGUCGAACCGCCUUCGACACGUUAAAGUGGACAAGUAUAUGGUCUCGACUCUCCGACAUUGGUGUCCUACCGAAGAUCAUCAACUUACUGAAAGCCAUCUAUAG